AUGUCUACAGGGCUUAACGAAAUAGCGGUGACUGGAGAUGUGGAUGCCUUAAUGGCGUUACUUAAAGAGGAUCCAGUUAUUCUCACUCGGUUAAUCACUGGUUUUUAUGGAGAUCCUAUACAUGUAGCAGUUAUAUGUGGUCAUGUAAAUUUCGUGACCAGAGUUUUGAGUAUUAAACCUGAGCUUGCUUAUGAGACCGACUCAGCCCAAUGUUCCACUCUGCUUCACUUGGCUUCGGCAGGAAACAACGCUGAGAUGGUGAAUGUGCUCUUAAAGGUAGCUGCAGAUGCUUGCAAGGCUACUGAUCGAAACGGAAAUACUCCUAUACAAGUUGCAACUAUGAAAGGACGAGCAAAAAUCAUGCAGUUACUGAUUGAUGCUUGUCCUGAAACCAUCCAGGUGCUGACGAGUCGAAAAGAAACUUUGUUACACUUGUGUGUGAAAUAUAACCGUCUGGAGGCCUUAAGGCUAUUGGUGUCACUGUUUCCGCGGGAUGAUAACAAUAACAAUCCAGAAUUCGUGUCAGUUAAUUCAUCGGACGAUAAAGGGAACACUAUCUUGCACUUCGCUGUAGCCGUGAAACAAACCGAGAUGAUACGAUAUCUACUGAGAAAGAGGGACAAUCUACCCGAGCAGGAGAGGGACAAUCUCAUGACAAUCGUUGGAGCAAUAAAUAACAUAAACGACAAUGGUUUCACAGCUCUGGACACCUUAAUGCAAAAUCCAGUAAUAGAUUUUAAAGAUGUAGAAAUUGGUGAUCUUCUUAGAAAUGCAAUGUGGUUUACUAAACAGAGAGCAACAUCCAGCAGUACCACCUACUCAUUAGCAUCCAGGUUAAGAUGUGCAAGUGGUUGCAGUGAGAACUGUAAUGAUUGGCUGACAAGGCAACAGAACGUACUGAUGGUGGUAGCGUCAUUGAUUGCAACCAUGGCAUUUGAAGCUGGAUUAAACCCUCCAGGUGGUAUUUGGCAAGAUAACUCUGUGCUUAAGGAUCAUUCAGGAGAACCUAAGCACUUGGCUGGAACCUCUAUAUUGGCCGACAAUGCCAUGCACAUCCACUUUCUAUACAUGGUCAGUAACACGAUUGGGUUCUUUGCUUCCCUAAGCAUAAUCUUAUAG